AUGCCAUUCCACGAAUACCAGGUGGUUGGACGUAAGCUUCCUUCCGAACAAGACCGUACUCCUAAACUCUAUCGUAUGCGUAUCUUUGCACCCAACGAUGUUGUUGCCAAGUCUCGUUUCUGGUACUUCUUGGCCAAGCUCCGUAAGGUGAAGAAGACUGCUGGUGAAAUUGUAUCUGUCAACGAAAUCUUUGAAAAGCGACCUGAACAAAUCAAGAACUUUGGUAUCUGGCUUCGUUAUGAUUCUCGUUCUGGUACUCACAACAUGUACAAGGAAUACCGUGGUAUGUCUCGUGUGGAAGCUGUUAGCACUUGUUAUCAAGAUAUGGCUGCUCGUCAUCGUUCUCGUUUCGGUAACAUUCAAAUCAUCCGUGUUGCUGAAAUUGCUGUUGCUGAUGUUCGUCGUCAAUACAUCAAACAAUUGUUGGCUCCCAAGCUUGCUUUCCCCUUACCUCACCGUCUCCAACGUGUCGACAAGGCUCACCGUUCUCUCUUCCAAGCCAAGCGUCCUUCUACUUUCUAUUAGAAUGAUGUUUAGUUGCGUUUAUAGUGUGUCUUUAUAGUGUAUCCCAGUUAUUUUUUUUAUUUUAAUUAAUAUAUUGAAUAAAUGAUUUUUUUUUUUUUUGUUAUGAGUCUGAU